AAAAACAACAACUUAUAAACACGAUGGCAAAAAACUGCUACACCGAUGAUAUUGAAGAUAAAAAGGAUGAUUUAGCCGAAUCAUUUUCUAAGCUGGAUAUAGCAAAAAAUGUCAACAAGAAAGAUGAGACUCUCAAGCUUGUAGGAAAAACUGAUUUUUGGAGCAACAAAGCUUCACGUUUCUUUGAUGCUGAAAAGGUUGUGUAUGAAAUUCGCUGUUUAUGUGGAUGGAUCUACUACGGUGAGACGAGCAACAGCUUGAGGGAGGUUCUUGGUGACAUGUUAUCCAAAACAAAGAGCAACUCUUCAAAGAAAAGACUUCUUGUAGAACAUUUUGGCACUGGUAAAUGUAAUUUUAAUGAUGCUUCUAUUACGAUCAAGGAUUAUGAAGAAUGUACUGACACGAGAAGGCAGAAAAAAAGAAAAUACAAAAUCGAUUGCCGUAAACCGCUUAACAUACAAACUCCUAGAAAAAGAGACAUCAUGCCACAUAAUUUGAAACAAGAGAAACUAGAGAAAUAACUCUACUUUUGUGUAGUACAAAGUAUUAAAAAAAGAUUUUAAAUUCCUUUUGAUUUACCUUCUUAUUGAAAUCAAAGGGUAUUGCACAAAAACGGAACCUUUAUAGGAUUCUGAGUGGAAAGGCUAAUAAACUAAAAAAAUAACUAUAGAAUUAAUG